GCCGGUGACCUUCGAGGAGGUGGCUGUGUAUUUCACCCAGGGGCAGGGGGCUCUGCUGGACCCCGGUCAGAGAGCCCUCUACAGGGACGUAAUGCAGGAUAACUAUGAGACGGUGACCUCGCUGGGGUUUCCCAUUCCAAAACCUGAGCUGAUCGCCCAGCUGGAACGAGGGGAAGAGUUGUGGGUCCCGGAUCUCCAGGCCUAUGAGGAAAGAGAGAUCCCGAGAGGCACCCGCACAGAUUGUCUCUCUCCCAGCAGGUGCUAAGAGAGUGAGUGAGAAUGAGGAUGGGAAUCAUCAUGAGGACGUUCCAGGGGAAGCUGAUGAAUCUAUUAUAUGUGGUGGAGGACACAAGGAUCCCACAGCCCAGCAGAGAAAUCCUAAUGAAGAGAAACCCUAUCAGUGCCUCGAAUAUGGGAAAGGAUUCAUUCUGAGAUCACACCUUGUGACACAUCAGACAAUCCACACUGGAGAGAAACCCCUUCAAUGCUUGGACCAUGGCGAAAGCUUCAAUAAUCGCUCAGACCUGAAUAACCAUGGGAGACACUACACAGGCGAGAAACCCUCUCAAUGCCUCAAGUGCUGGAAAUCUUUCUACUCGAAGUCAGCACUAAUUGGACAUCAGAGAACCCACACAGGAGAGAGACCCCAUAAGUGCUUAGACUGUGGGAAAAGUUUCACACAGAAAUCAGGCCUUGUUAUACAUCAGAGAAUCCACACAGGAGAGAGACCCCAUAAGUGCUUGGACUGUGGGAAAAGUUUCACACAGAAAUCAGGCCUUGUUACACAUCAGAGAAUCCACACAGGAGAGAGACCCCAUAAGUGCUUAGACUGUGGGAAAAGUUUCACACAGAAAUCAGGCCUUGUUACACAUCAGAGAAUCCACACAGGAGAGAGACCCCAUAAGUGCUUAGAUUGUGGGAAAAGUUUCACACACAAAACAGGACUUGUUACACAUCAGAGAAUCCACACAGGAGAGAGCCCCCAUAAGUGUUUAGACUGUGGGAAAAGUUUCACACACAAAACUGGCCUUGUUACACAUCAGAGAAUCCACACAGGAGAGAGACCCUAUAAGUGCUUGGACUGUGGGAAAAGUUUCACGGAGAAAUCAGGCCUUGUUAAACAUGGGAGAAUCCACACAGGAGAGAGACCCCAUAAGUGCUUGGACUGUGGGAAAAGUUUCCUACACAGAUCUUCCCUUGUUUCACAUCAGGCAAUCCACACAGGAGAGAGACCCCAUAAGUGCUUGGAAUGUGGGAAAAGUUUCAUACAGAGAUCUGCCCUUGUUUCACAUCAGGCAAUCCACACAGGAGAGGUUCCCUAUAAGUGCUUAGAUUGUGGGAAAAGUUUCACAUGGAGAUCUGCCCUUGUUUCACAUAUGAGAACCCACACAGGAGAGAAACCCCAUAAGUGCUUGGACUGUGGGAAAAGUUUUAUACAGAGAUCUGCCCUUGUUUCACAUCAGGCAUCCCACACAGGAGAGAGACCUUAUAAAUGCCUCUACUGUGGAAAUGGUUUCCUUUGGAAGUCAGACCUUAUAAGACAUCAGAGAAUCCAUACAGGCGAGAGACCCCAUAAGUGCUUAGACUGUGGGAAAAGUUUCACACAGAAAUCGGUUCUUGUAACACAUCAGAAAACCCACACAGGAGAGAGACCCCAUAAGUGCUUGGACUGUGGGAAAAGUUUCAAGGAUAAAUCAGGCCUUGUUAAACAUGGGAGAAUUCACACAGGAGGGAGACCCCAUAAGUGCUUAGACUGUGGGAAAAGUUUCAUAUGGAGGUCAGGCCUCUUUAAACAUCAGAGAAUCCACACGGGAGAGAGACCCCAUAAGUGCUUGGACUGUGGCAAAAGUUUCACAUUGAGAUCAGAUCUUAUAAGACAUCAGAGAAUCCACACGGGAGAGAGACCCUAUAACUGCUUGGAUUGUGGCAAAAGUUUCAUAUGGCGGUCAGGCCUCUUUAAACAUCGGAGAAUCCACACGGGAGAGAGACCCCAUAAGUGCUUGGACUGUGGCAAAAGUUUCACAUUGAGAUCAGACCUUAUAAGACAUCAGAGAAUCCACACGGGAGAGAGACCCUAUAAGUGCUUGGACUGUGGGAAAAGUUUCACACUGAGAUCACACCUCAUUAAACAUGGGAGAAUCCACACAACAUUUAAACUUCUGUGACCCAUGGCCAGAAAGGGUGAAGCAACGUGCAGGUUAAUUGAUCUAGAUUCAGCCUUUAGAGACAUGCUUCUAAGUGUGUAAAUGGUAUUUAGGGCCAUUGCAUGUUCUAUAGGCUUGAGCUUUGAAAUGUAAACUUGUAUUCCUAAAGAAUUGGAAGAUGGUAACAGUAAUAGUCUCUAUUUACCUAUAUCUUGUUAGAGGUUAACAAUGUAAUCCAAUAGUUCCUCUCUAGGGCUGUAUUCUGUUAACUUGGAGAUCAAAAGGAAAUAUUAACAUUUAGAUAAAACUUAGGUGUAAUAAU